AAAAAUUUCAUCCAUCGUGAUGUAGCCGCCCGCAACGUACUCCUCACAAAACAACUUGUAGCCAAAAUUAGUGAUUUCGGCCUAGGACGUUAUGCAGAUUCAGCCCUAUACACUGCAAGAGGUGGUCGACUUCCAUUUAAGUCCAUGGCUCUAGAAGCACUGAAAUUCUACGAGUUCUCUGAGAAAACAGAUGUAUGGGCAUUUGGGAUCUUGCUUUAUGAAAUAUUUUCACUUGGUGAUGUGCCCUACAAUACUGUACAACCAAUGGAUAUGAUUGCUCAUAUUGAACAGGGAAAUCGACCUCCACAGCCAGAAAAAUGUCCAAAUGAGAUCUAUGCUCUGAUGAAAAGAUGCUGGAAGGCAAAUCCUAAUGAUCGGCCAACAUUUGCUGAGGUAAUUUUACAGUUAUUUACUGCAAAACACUAG